AUGCAGAGUGUAAUUCCUACAGAGUUUAUGCAGCACGUGAGUGGAAAGAAGAAAAAACAAACAGAGACAAAGCGUCAGACAAAGGUGUCUAAACAGCCACACCCUCACAGCCACGCCCCCACAGCCACGCCCCCACAGCAACGCCAACACAGCCACACCCACACAGCCGCGCCAACACAGCCACGCCCCCACAGCCGCGCCCCCACAGCCGCGCCAACACAGCCACGCCCUCACAGCCACGCCCCCACAGCCGCGCCCCCACAGCCGCGCCAACACAGCCGCGCCCCCACAGCCGCGCCCCCACAGCCGCGCCAACACAGCCGCGCCCCCACAGCCGCGCCCUCACAGCCGCGCCAACACAGCAACGCCAACACAGCCACGCCAACACAGCCACACCCCCACAGCCACGCCAACACAGCCACACCUCUCACAGCCACACCUCUCACAGCCACGCCCCCACAGCCACGCCUCUCACAGCCACACCCUCACAGCCACACCCACACAGCCACGCCUUCACAGCCACGCCCAUAUAGCCAUGCCCACACAGCCACGCCUCUCACAGCCACUCCCUCACAGCCACGCCAACACAGCCACACCCACACAGCCACGCCCACACAGCCACACCCACACAGUCACACCCUCACAGCCACACCCACACAGUCACACCCUCACAGUCACGCCCUCACAGCCACACCCACACAGCCACGCCCACAUAGCCACGCCCUCACAGCCACGCCCACACAGCCACGCCCACACAGCCACGCCCUCACAGCCACGCCCACACAGCCACACCCACACAGCCACGCCCACAUAGCCACGCCCUCACAGCCACACCCACACAGCCAUGCCUUCACAGCCACGCCCUCACUGCCACACCUCUCACAGCCACGCCCACACAGCCACACCCACACAGCCACGCCCACAUAG